AUGGCUUCCUCCAUUCCUCCCAACGUCCAUAUCUCAAAGCAUCCUUGCCUGCGCGCCAAACUCUCUCAGCUGCGCUCUAAAUCCACCAAUGCUCGCGACACAAAAGCCCUCGUCCAUGACAUUUCCCUACUGUUGGGUGCUGAGGCUUUAGCUAAUCUUGAAGUGGAGACUGUUGGAACUGAUGAAUCUCCCAUUGGAUUUGAGUACGGUGUGGAAUCCAUCAACGUUGCUAAGAUCACCCUUGUUCCGAUUCUGAGAUCUGGGCUGGGCAUGAUUGAUGCCAUCCAAACAAUUCUUCCUCAACCCGCCUCUGUUCACCACCUUGGUUUGUUCCGUGAGAAGAUGACCCUGCAGCCAGUCGAGUAUUACAACAAUCUGCCGCAAUCACAAUCCUCCGUCGCCAAACUGGCCAUCAUCACCGAUCCUGUGAUCGCAACAGGAGGUACCGCAGUAGCUGCCAUUCAGACGCUAAGGGAGUGGGGUGUGGAAAAGAUCAUCGUGCUGAGCGUGCUUGGUGCACAUCCCGGUGUGGUCAGAGCUGCUGAAGAAUGGCCCGAGGGAACACAAAUUUGGGUUGGAGGGCUAGACGAGAAGUUGACCGACAAAGGUAUGAUACAGCCUGGGUUGGGAGAUAUUGGCGACCGGUUGUUCUUGACUCUUGGGAAGUGA